AUGCCAAGCAAAAAACUAGACGUUUUGCCUGAUAGCUAUCCGCUCUUGAUCCUUUCCAAGGCUCGACUUAUGACGUUAAAACCCCCAUCCUUAACCAGAUUACUAGAUGCCGCAUCCAACCCCCCGGCGAUCCGGUCAGACGAACAAAUGACAAAUGCUACUCCUACUCUGGCAGCUCUCCAGCCGUCAAAUCCCGUAGGCAACUGCAUUGAAAUCGUUGAUGACAGUGACCGCAAUGGCAUCCAAGAUGCUUUGUUUAUCGUUCUUGACGCCUACUCACCCAGCUUCACCCAGAUUCAGCCUCGCAGCGGGGUGCCUUCCAUAGGCCAAACCAUGAUGCUAGCUGCGAAUUUGCCAGUCUCUCUCAGCCAUGUGCUCGUUAGUUCUGAUGAGUUUGUCGACACUAGUGAAGUUAGAAUAAUUAAAUCAAAGUGGGAUUCCACAAAGAAAUUGACCCUAACAACCACAAACAGGUCACACACGAGUAUUGAAGAUAUAGACAGUAUCAUCCUAGCCCGCUCCUUCUCUAGCGUAUCUUGCGCUCCGUCUGCCACCGCUCUUAUCGUGCAAAUCACUCUAGACUUCCCCGGGAAUGAAUUAGAAGAGAUGAGUACUAAGAAUUCAAAUCGCCAAUAA